UUGAAUGUCUCAAGUAGAAAAUUCUAAACAUAUGGACAGCUUGAUUUGAAUACUUAAUAAACAUACCGAGUCCUGAAAUAUGUUUAUGUAUUUUAUUUACCCGAAAUGGAAACAAAUAACAACCAACAAACGUAUUGAUUUAUGAAAUGACAUCAUCAUUUUUUGUGAUGAAAGAUACUACUUUUUACUUGAAGCUCUUUUAUCAUGAAAAUAUAAAAAUAUACAAAGAUGUAAACAACAAGCUCGGCGACAGCAGGAGAGAGCUUGCCGUAACAAAGGUGGUCAAUAUGGAGGACAAAUGGAACAAUUUGGUAGUGUUUGCUGUCACCAGCUACCUUGUCACAAAAUACAUUCUUACAAGAGGGAUGCUAUGGGAGAAUAUAUUUUUGGCAGCUGUUUUCUUGACUGAGUGCUUCCUGCUGCUUAUCUUGACAAGGCAGAAUGAUCUUGCUGUGAGACAAGUUAAAAACUACAGACCAAGAUGUUCAUCCGGUGUUAUAUUUGUUGUUUUGGUGCCUCUUGCCCUUCUGGGAACGUCCGGAGCCCUGGGAAUAUCUAAUUCAAGUCAAGAUCAUGAGACUAUGUUUGAAAUGGUUUGGCUGAGCUUGUCCCUUUCAAUUGUCCUUGUUACCAAGUACUUUUCGGAAGCCAGGGUUUUGUGUGGUCUUCUUCCUUGCUUCCUGAUAUUAGGAUUUGCUUUACCAUGGAUCUUUUCAACACCUAGGCAAGCUGUUCUGAUGGGCAUUUUUAAUGUAAUAGUAUGGAGAGGUAUGGAUUUGAUACCAUCUGCCUUACCAAAGUCUUUCACUUUUGGAGAACUUGCUGUCGUGUUACAACUCAUUGUCAGUUGGGCCUGCAGACUGGUCAGUGGUGUGUCUGAGGUUUACGAAAUUGAUGAAGAUGACCUAAAACUGAUGUGGUUUAUCAAUACUGUGCUGAUUUCUGUGUCAACAGCCACGCUUAUUGUGUGCCUGUCAGGAUCCUAUUCAUCACUAGUUGCGACUUCUGCAGUCUAUGUGUGCCAUGCGGGGAUAUCUUUAGUUUUCCUUCACAGUCAGAUCAGGGAACAGCCACUCUUGUGGCUCAUUGGGUACAUCUUCAAGUCUUGUCCACGGGUCAUGCUGUUGGUCAUAUUCAUCUUAAUGCUUGCAUUUGCUUUGAUCUGGACUACAGUUCAGGGAUUACAAAGUCAAGUCCAGCUUCGACAGUCCAAGCCAUGUGAUAGUGACACUCCACAAAUGAACUCAAAGACAGAUAAAAGUACUCGCAGAAAUGGGAAUGACUUGCUCAGGGAGGUUGAUGAACCGAGCCAGGAAAGCUCUAGAACUAUCAAGGGACUUGAUUCAAAUAUGGAAGCUCGAAGGAAUAACUUAAUUGAGACGAGAAAAAUAUUUCAUUUAUUCAUCUUGUUGGUUUAUGUUCCUGGACUGUUGCUGGAUCCAACUUUCCUGCUCUUGUCGUCUGGCUGUGUCUUUGGGGUGUUCAUCAUUCUGGAGGCUUCGAGGGCUUUACAAGUUCCACUGAUUGGGAAACUGCUGGAUGACGUUCAGAGGAGUUUUGUGGAUGAGCGGGACCAAGGUGUUGUGUUCUUGACUCACAUCUACCUUCUGGCUGGGUUGUCUCUUCCUUUGUGGAUAUCUCCAAAUGUUUUGACAGCUGAUCUAGCCCCUCUGGAGUUGUACAGCGGUGUCCUGGCUCUAGGUAUCGGCGAUACUAUAGCUUGUAUUGCAGGAAGAGCUUUUGGAAGGAUACGCUGGCCUGGAACAAAGAAGACAAUGGAAGGCACAGCAUCUUCAGUAUUGGCUCAGCUUGCUUUUGUUGCUGUAACUUCUUCAUCUGGGUUGCUGACUGUGGAGAGCUACACAUCAGUAACAGUAGGGAUUGUGCUCAGUGGCCUGGUGGAAGCAUUCACAGACCAGAUUGACAAUUUGAUACUGCCUCUAGUUCUGUACCCUUUCCUGUGCUCAUAACAUUUGCUUUCUGAAUUUUUGAAGUCCAGUAAAGCUUGUGAUAAUUCAUCUCAUAUUGGGGUGAAAUUUUUCUACUGUAUGAAGAGAAAUGCUUUUGAAAACUUCAAUUUAUCAUGGAUACCCCUGAAACUGCUUUUUAGUUUGUGUUCUUUAUUUCUUUAUUGCCUUAUUGGUAAACCUAUUGUAGUCAUCAUGUUUACAUUGAUAUCAGAACCAGGAAAGCUUGACUUUCUUUUUUGAUGUAUAUUGUGUUAAAAACAUUUUUUUGUUUGUUUAACAUUGUUCUUUUGGCUACAGUACUUUAUUAGAAAUGUUCUUUACAUUUAAGUGGGUUACCUAAAUCUGGUAGGAAUUCGGUAAGAAUGUUACAUGUCUUAAUAUCAUAGACGUCAUACUGUUCUCUCCAUGACCAAUGUAAUCCCUGUACAGAGGUUUGUUGGUGUUGUGUGCCUUCAAGUUGGGGGUUUAACGGUCUCCCGGCGAGUAGGGAUUUCAGCGAAAAUCCCGGUUUUUCUUCUUUCUCAACUCAUAACUUUAUUAGUUCUUAGCCUAGCAUCAUAAAACCGACAUGAAAUGAGAGGUCUAUAUGUGCUUUUUGUUUCCGUGUUAGUUUAAAUGGGGAGAGAAAUGCGUAACAUUAUAGAUUUUUUAGUUAAAACUACAAGGUUCGUUACGCGUUCUGCAACAACAAAAGGCACGCAAAUUUUGACAAAUUUAGAGCGCAGCACAUUUCGGACGGUUUAUUGGAGCGGAAUUUUCCAUCGCUAAUCGUUCUCGGUGGAUGUAGAAAUCACGUGAUUCUGUAGUAAAAUUGGACGCUGAAGAGUUUACAACCCACCCGGAGUUUGUAGGACGCUUGUGUGAAAAGUUAUGGCAAAAUAUAUAUUUUAUUAUCAAAAUUUAAAAAAAAUUAACAAUGGAAAACGCUCCCGGGGCAAGUUAUAUUGAUAGAUAUAUCAUCAAUUAGCUCUCUAGAAAUGUCAUUUUUGUUAAAAAUGAUUAAAGUUUGGUAGAAGAAAAUCAAAACUUUACUACACUACCCUAGUUCACUUCGUGUGGUAAAAAAAUUUUUCAAAGGAUAUUGAAAAAUGUGGUAGGCUUUGGUCCUCCUCCAAUGUGAUGAAAAGAGUGAAUUCUUAUCAAUCCAAGGAGGAAAAGGUUGAUUGAAGAAAGCGCAGGUCAAGUACUAGAAAAUCUUGAUCGAUUGGGAGGGCUCCCUGUCAAAAUGCGUUUACCCAGACUCUGUGUGCAUUAAGCAGUAGUCAUUGGGUGCAGA